AUUUUGCUUAUUAUAUAUAGAAUAAAUUUUAAAGUAAAUUUGAAUCCAUAGCUCUCUCUAUCGCCGUUCUAAAACCCUAAUUUCAAAGUCUCAUCUCCUCCUCCAAAGUCCUCAAAAUCCUUCUUCUCUGCUUCCUUAAUCUUCAUACGAACAAUGACUGCAGAGCAAGUGAACCCCAAGGCGUACCCUUUGGCUGACGCUCAACUUACAAUCACCAUUCUUGAUCUUGUUCAACAAGCUACUAACUACAAGCAAAUCAAGAAGGGCGCCAAUGAAGCAACCAAGACGCUUAACAGAGGUAUAUCUGAGUUCGUCGUAAUGGCUGCGGAUACGGAGCCUCUUGAAAUCCUCCUACAUCUUCCUCUGUUAGCUGAGGAUAAGAAUGUGCCCUAUGUGUUCGUCCCAUCUAAGCAAGCACUUGGCCGAGCCUGCGGAGUUACAAGACCUGUUAUAGCUUGUUCUGUGACAACAAACGAAGGAAGCCAAUUGAAGUCGCAAAUACAGCAACUUAAGGAUGCGAUCGAGAAGCUUUUGAUUUGAAGAUGUAGGGAAUUGUGAUUUCGGUAUGAUGGGCUUCUUGGUUCAUAGUGGUUCGCUCCCUUAGAGGCUUUGACUGAUGUGAGUUGUGCAAGUAGAGGAAUAUGUGUAACAAAACACUACAAUUUUCUUUUUCAAGAGAUACGAUUUAUUUCAUUAAAAAUGAUAACGUGAUCCUUCAUUCUGUUUGCCA